GGAUAAGUUUGACAGUAAUGCUAGAUGGGUAUGGAUAUGAUCGUUGGAGGAAGAAGGAAGUGAACAAGGUGAUUUAAUUUGAGAAUUGACUAGCGGCUAGAUAAGAGGUGGGUUAAGCGAGAAUAUUUGUUUGGAGAUAAUUUAUUUAAGAAAAUUUAAUUUAAAAUUCAAAUUUUAAUGAAAAUUACGUUCUUGGUUAAAAAUAGCUGAAUUGUGAUAUUUUCGUUCGUAGCCAUUAAUCGAGAAUUGAUUUUUAAAUUUUAUUUUUAUCAAUUUUGUAAUUUUCUAAAUACCACCCUUGUUCUAAAUAGUAUUUAUAACUACAGUGAAACCCAGUGGUUCCCGAUAUUUAGUGGAUCUAUUUUAGCACCGGUUAUUCUAGCAAGUUUUAGAAAUCCAUUAGGAAAAUGACCACGCCAGUGAAAAAAGUACCUAUUCAUCUACAAAGUUCCCAAAAUCGAUUGCUCAUUAAAAACGGAACCAUCGUCAACGAAGACGAAACCACCGAUGAAGAUAUCUACAUAGAAGACGGUAUCAUCAAACAAAUGGGCACGAAUCUUAUAAUACCCGGAGGAACGAGAGUUAUUGAUGCUAGAGGAAGGUACAUCUUACCAGGAGGUAUUGACCCUCACACCCAUUUCGAUUUCGAAUUUAUGGGUACCAAGACUGCGGAUUCUUUUUACAGCGGGACCAAGGCAGCUGUCGCUGGAGGAACCACGAUGAUAAUCGAUUUCGUAUUUCCGAAAAAAGGAGAAUCUCUACUGGACGCUUUUUACGAAUACCGUCAAAAAGCCGACGGUAAAGUUUGUUGCGAUUAUUCCCUUCACGUCGUCCUACCUCAUUGGUCCACACAAAUCAAACGCGAUAUGGAAAUCCUAACCAAAGAACAUGGUAUCAAUUCUUUUAAAAUGUUCAUGGCGUACGAUUUUAUGUUGAACGAUGCGGAAUUGUACAGCGCAUUCGAACAAUGUCAAAAUUUGGGCGCCGUUGCUCAGGUACACGCCGAAAACGGUUCCAUUAUUGCCAAGAACGCCGAAAGGUUGGUAGCUCAAGGUAUAGUCGGACCUGAAGGACACGAAUUAUCGCGACCGGAGGAAGUUGAAGCUGAAGCUGUUAAUAGGGCUUGUGUUAUAGCCAAACAGGUAAACUGUCCUUUGUACGUAGUGCAUGUUAUGAGUAAAUCGGCUACUAGAGCCUUAGAUUUUCAUAGAAUGUGUGGUGCCCGAGUGUAUGGUGAAACCUUAGUCGCUGCUUUAGGUACCGACGGUACCAAUUACAAACAUGAAUGUUUCCAUCACUCGGCUGGCCACGUACUUAGUCCUCCUCUCAGAUCAGACCCCAGCACGCCUAUGGCAUUAAUGAAUUAUUUAGCACAAGACGUCUUGCAAUUAACCGGAAGCGACAACUGUACAUUCAAUAAAUCUCAGAAAGAGAUGGGCAGAGGUGAUUUCAGAAAAAUACCGAACGGCGUGAACGGUGUGGAAGAUCGAAUGUCCGUUAUAUGGGAAAAAGGUGUGAACACCGGUAUUUUAACACCCUGUAGAUUCGUAGCUGUAACAAGUUCAAACGCCGCGAAAAUUUUCAAUUUGUAUCCUAGAAAAGGAUGCAUCGCGGUCGGAUCGGAUGCUGAUAUAGUCAUUUGGAACGGCAACGCCACGCGCACAAUUUCCGCUCAAACUCAUCGCCAAGCCGUCGAUUUUAAUAUAUUUGAAGGUAUGACGUGCCAUGGAGUUGCGGAAUACGUUAUAGUUAACGGUAGAGUUUGCUUGGACGAUGGUCAAUUACGGGUCGUCGAAGGGUACGGACGUUUCGUGGAAACUCCGGUUUUUCCUCCUUACGUUUACAAUCCUCAAGAACUUGACAGUAUCAAACCGAUAAGGGAACAUAUUAAUGAUGUAGAUUUAGCACCAAAAUUAAAUAAGAUCAAAUUAAUAGAUGAUCCAUGCCCUACACCAACUUUUCCAGACUCGUAUGUAUCUACUCCAACAAUGAGAGGUAUGCGACCAGAAGGUCAAAGAAACAUACAAGAAAGUACAUUUUCUCUUACCGAAGAACUAGAUCCAGAAAGAAAGAGUUCUAUACGAGUCAGAAAUCCUCCUGGUGGAAAAUCAUCGAAAUUCUGGUGAAAACCCAAUAAAAGCUUGGCUUCUGCAUCGGUUUUAUUUGCAAUAAGAUACCAAAGCUUAUUUUAAUAGUUAAUCGUUUCUUAACUGUUUGUUUAACUAAUUUAUUGAGUUAUUGAAUAUUAUUUAUAUACAAAUAUAUAUAUAAAAAGUGAAUCAAAACGUUAUGUUAUGGAUAUAAUGUUUUAAGGAAAAUUGUAUAAUUUGGUUUUAUAUUUAUUAUUCGGUUUAGUUUGUUAACCGUUCACAUUAUUUUACACCCAUCUGCUAACAAUAUUGUAAUUAACAAUGACAUCAUAACAAAUAUAGUUUGAUGAAAGAAAUAAAUAAAAA